CUCGGCUUGCAGGCAACGGAUGUUCGAUCACCUCUUCCAGCUUCUCGCGCCACACUUCGUAUUCCUCUUUCCCUCCGUGCGCCAGGCCGUCGACGCGAAUGUCACUAUCAUGAAUAUCCCUGAUAUUGACCGCAUCGAUCAGCAUACGUGGCAAUUCUUCGCAUCCGUCGGCAGCCAGAGUGCUUCUGAGCAGCAGCAGAUUCUUGUCACGUCGCUGCGCGAGCGCGUACUCGACAACAUUAGCUCCGUCGCCAAAGGCUGGAUCGUCGACGAGGAGACACGCCGCCUACGACUCGCGAACGUGAACCUCUUCCUGCGCUCCCUUGGGCUGGACAGUUCACAAAUCUCCCUGUAACCAAGCAUCCGCUUGUGGCUCCCGGGUCGUCGCACAUCACGUGUAUCGUUCUCUGUACCACAUCUCGAAAAAAUCUCUCAGCUCUCUGUAGUAAGUGUAGUAGCUAUAGUUUUACGUUUUCUAGCCUUCCUUUCCUCCAUAGGACGUUGGCAGGACCUCAAUGUAGCGCCCGCAAAGCAAAAUACCCAUUUAUAGCCCUAGGAUUUGUGCGCCGGCGUUGUGGCGCUCACUCAGGUGCAGGCUGCAUCCUCUUCUCCCAAAUCGCAGGGCACCUACCGUACGAUUGCUGGACCACACGCAAAUAAUACACGCGAAUGGUAGGUGCUGGAAUAUUCUGAAGGCGUGGUGGUCCACGUAUCAGACGUCUUGCAGCCUAGCGAAGUAAUCCUGUGACUCGACCGGUAUGUUGCGACGCUGGUCACGGCGACCCAAAGACACAUGCCGCUUGUGCAGGUCGCUCGUAAAACUAGUGGGGUUACUCGAUUUUCGAUCUUCUGCAAACUUAUGUCAUGGGAUUGGUAAGCGGUUUGGCUGAGUCAGUACUGCAGGCGCGGUAGCUGCCGGUGGGUUUUUCGACUUUUGAUGCGGCGGCGGCGACAUCGUCGACCACCGUCCUAAAGGUGCGGCGGCAUUUUUCUUAUUUUAUGGUUGACGUAUGCUAAAGCAA